AUGAAAAAAAACACAUAGCUUAAGUUAUCUGAUCUUGAAGCAGAUCAAUUUUUAAAGAAUUUAAAAUUAGAGAGAUACGUUGAGGGACAAUGUAGAUUAUAGUACUUAGAGUUGGCCAUGUAGAAAGCUUAAGAUCUUAUUCCAUUUUAAAAUGUAUUUCUUCUAGCAACUCCAUUCCAAGACAGAAGAUAGUUAACUUAUGAAGAAAUCAAACAGCUCGUUUUGUCUGGAAGUGGAGGGUUUUGCUUAAUAUUGAAUCCUGUUUUCUGUGGUCUUCUAUAAAAUCUUGGCUAUGAUGCAUAGAUAAUAUAAUCAUCUUGCUUGAAAAUACCUGAAAAUCAUGUUGCAAUAUUAGUUAAAAACUUACUAUAAGAGGGUGAUAGAUAUUUAGUUGAUGUAGGUCUAGGAUUCAAAAAUGUACCACUCAAGGUUGAUUUUGACAAAAAAACUGAAAUGUUUCAAAAUUCUUUUGGUUAGUAUUAUUAUGAAUGGGAGGAUGAUACUAAGCAAGUGUUGAAUAGAAUUGAUCCUGUCAACAACUUUUUCAACAGUUAUACUUUUAAUGUUUAUUAAGAUUAUGAAGACUUGCUUGAUCACUAAGGUGAUGUUUACACUGGGACUGCUAAAUCUCCAUUUCACAGUGUCCUGUGGAUGAUUAGAUUCCCUUCAUCUGGUUCCAUUUGCCUCAAAAAUAAUGAUCUCUUAGUAGAAAAUGUUGAAAAAAAAUAAUUAGAACCAAAGGAAGUUAUUUAAAAUAUAGACUAAUUUGCUGAAUGUUUGACAAAAUACUUCCCUAUGGUAGAUAAAGAACUUGCAUUAAAGGCUUAUUAAACAUAUUCUGAAAAGAGUUAGGCAUGA